AUGAAGGCAGCACGGAGUCUGUAUAUGAAGAUUGUCGCCAGUGGAACAGUGGCUAUGACCGUUGUUAUGUUUUGUGUGUUUUCAAUAUACUGGGGUGCCCUGUGGAAAUUGCCAGCUCAUACUUUGCAGGGUUGGGUUGUGGACUUUGAUGGAUCGACAGUGGGAAAUGCGAUCGUACGAGGCCUUGUGUCGUCAUCGUCGAAAGUAACUUGGACAGAACGCCCAUCGAGUGAGUUCUCUAGUGUGGAGGAGAUUGCGAAUCUAGUCGUUGAACAGAAGACUUGGAUUGCCGUUGUUGUCAAUUCCAACGCGACGACCGCACUACAAUAUGCUGUUUCCUCAGUAAAUUCUUCAUAUGACGGCUCUGAAGCAAUCACUGUUUAUGCUGUUGAAGCACGCAACGAAAAUGCAUACCGUUCUCUAAUACGCCCAUCUGUGCAAACAACGCUAGCCGCAAUCUCUCAGGCCUUUGCCCAAUCCUUUCUUCAGCAAGUCGGAUCGUCGUCGUCGAGCGUUCUGGCUUCAAUAUCGACAACCGCGCCUCAAGUCUUAACAGAGCCCAUCGGUUAUACCAUCAACAACUUGCGCCCUUUUGAUAUACCUGUUGCUAGCGCCAUCACCUUCGUCGGUCUCAUCUAUGUGCUUGUGUUGUCAUUCUUCAUCGUGAAUUUCUGCGCUGCUGCUCGUGAACUAUCGGGUCUAGAGAAAUCAUUAACGACGGGCUCCCUUAUUAGGGUCCGGAUAUCCUCUAGUUUCAUCGCAUAUUUUUCGCUGUCACUAUUUUAUUCGCUGCUUAGCCGAGCCUUCCAAGUAAACUUCUCCAGAGUAUUGGGACCCGCCGGCUUCCUCGUUUUCUGGAUGGCAAACUUCGUUGGGAUGCUGGCGGUGGGGCUGGCGCUUGAGGCCAUGAUGACCCUUAUGACUUUGAGAUUCGUCGCUUUCUUUAUGAUAUUCUGGAUUAUUAUCAACGUCUCGGUGUGCUUCAUGCCCAUUGACGUCCUCCCCCAUUUAUACCGCUAUGGAUACGCGUUCCCAUUUUAUAACCUGUCGUGUGCUGUGAGAACAAUCAUAUUUGGAACGAAGAAUCAACUCGGAAUGCAAUUUGGUAUUCUGAUAGCGUGGACUGCGAUAUCCAUGAUCACCAUACCGCUGUUCCAGUGGCUGAUGCGAAGAAAAACUGUUGCCCGGUGGCGGGCACAAGAGGCGGAGGUUAAAGCUUGA